GCCGGGGGGGGGAACCCAGGAGUCCUGGCUCGCAGCCCCCCUGCUCUACCCACCUGACCCUACUCCCCUCCCAGACACCACAGGGCGAUCUGGCCCCCCACGCACACUGUGUAAGGGCCCUUUCCCCUCCCCCGCCGGCAGAUGCCCCUUCUCCCCUGCACCCCAUUCCUGGCUCUGAGCCAACCCCAGCUGCUGGCCGCCUGUUCCCUUAAGCAGCUUAGCUAAUCUGGUCACUCCGGGAAGCUGCUGUCAUGGUGAUAUGGGGGGGGGGGGCUGUGCUUAGAAAAGGAGGGAGUCUGCCUAGAUGGGGAGUCCCUGGGUGUGUGACCCCCUCCAAAAAGUCACUGACCUGUGAAAAUGAGGAAUCCCUUGUGAAAAAUCAUUGGUCUUGUGAAAAUCUCUGGCCUCCUGUGAGACGCAGGGACUGCAUGUGAGAAAUCAUUGUGAAAAUCUCUGACUUCUUGCGAGAUUCAGGGACCACUCAUGAAAACCACUAGCCUCUUGUGAAAAUCUCCGGGUUCUUGUGAGAAUCAGUGACCACUUGUGAAAAUCAUCGGCCUCUUGUGAAAAUCCAGGACUCCUUGUGAAAAAUUGUCAGUCUCUUGUGAAAAUCUCAGGCCUCUUACAAGAAUCACAGAUUUCUGCUGAGAAGCGGGGACCGCUCGUGAAAACCACAGGCCUCUUGGGAAAAUACCCAGGCCCUUGUGAGAACCAGUCCUUGUGAGAACACGGCUGAUGAGAACCCACUGCCUGGGGGAAGGACACUGUGGUCCCUGUCCGUCUGUGCCCCCUACAUCAGGGGCAGGGUGGGUGGGUUACAGACUUGCCCAGGCUGGGAGAGGGGCAUUGGGCAGACCAGUUCACAUGCCUGGGGUGGGCAGCAGCUGGGGGCACGAGGUGGGGAGGAGCAGUGCCUGUGGAGUAGGUGGGGAGAGGAGAUCACCCUGCCUCUGCCUGGGGUCCCCCUGUUGUGGGGGUUCACCAAGGGAGCGGCUCUCCAGGGGGGCAUAAGGGCAUGGGGUAAGUGCCCCUGGGGGGAGGGGGGCAUGGUUAAUGAGCUGCAGAAAGAGAGGGGACUGGGGACGGGUCACAGGGGGGAUGGGGAGGGGGCAGAUGGCAGGAGAGGUGAGAGGUUCACAGUAUGGCAGCUGCCCAGCCCCCGGCUAAGCCGGCUCCACGUGGCUCCAGGGGGAGGGGAGAGUGUCCCGGCGCCAGGAGCGCAGGGCGCACGGAGGAGAAGGCGCACCGAGAUCAGGGCGCACGGGGGACAAGGCUCAGGGCGCACGGAGGAGAAGGCACCGAGAUCAGGGCGCACGGGGGACAAGGCGCAGGGCGCACGGAGGAGAAGGCGCACCGAGAUCAGGGCGCACGGGGGACAAGGCGCAGGGCGCACGGAGGAGAAGGCUCAGGGCGCACGGAGGAGAAGGCGCACCGAGAUCAGGGCGAACGGAGGAGAAGGCGCACCAAGAUCAGGGCGCACGGGGGACAAGGCACAGGGCGCACGGAGGAGAAGGCGCACCGAGGUCAGGGCACAGGGGCACGGAGGAGAAGGCGCACCGAGAUCAGGGCGCACGGGGGACAAGCCACAGAGGCACGGAGGAGAAGGCGCACCGAGAUCAGGGCGCACGGGGGACAAGGCGCAGAGGCACGGAGGAGAAGGCGCACCGAGAUCAGGGCGCACGGGGGACAAGGCGCAGGGCGCACGGAGGAGAAAGCGCACCGAGAUCAGGGCGCACGGAGGAGAAAGCGCACCGAGAUCAGGGUGCAGGGCGCACGGAGGAGAAGGCGCACCGAGAUCAGGGUGCAGGGCGCACGGAGGAGAAGGCGCACCGAGAUCAGGGCGCACGGGGGACAAGGCGCAGGGCGCACGGAGGAGAAAGCGCACCGAGAUCAGGGUGCAGGGCGCACGGAGGAGAAGGCGCACCGAGAUCAGGGCGCAAGGAGGACAAGGCGCAGCGCGCACCGAGGCCAUGUUCGCCAGCUCCUCGCGGGGGGUCCCGGGCCCGGCGGGGCGCGGCGCAGUGGGGGCCAAGCUGAGCCUGGACGAGCUGUACGGGCUGCCGACCGCCAAGAAGGGCAAAGGCGGGCGGGGCGAGGCCGGGCGGUGGCGCAGCCAGGGGAGCGCGGCGGGCCGGGACUCGGCUCUCACCCCGGGGCAGCUGCUGGAGGCGGCGCGGCGGCUGCUGGAGCGCAGGCGGCUGGAGAGCUACCUGCUGGAGGCGGGGCUGCCGGCCGAGGAGCUGCAGAGCACCCGCACCGCCAUGGGCUACAGAAAUCUGGGGAAAUCCGGGCUCCGUGUGUCCUGCCUCGGGCUUGGCACCUGGGUGACGUUUGGCUCCCAGAUCUCAGACGAGACUGCAGAGAACGUGAUGACCAUCGCCUACGAGAACGGGGUCAACCUCUUCGACACGGCUGAGGUCUACGCCGCCGGCAAGGCAGAAAAAACUCUGGGCAACAUCCUGCGAAGCAAAGGCUGGAGGCGAUCCAGCUACGUUGUCACCACCAAGAUCUACUGGGGUGGCCAGGCGGAGACGGAGCGGGGCCUCUCCCGGAAGCACAUCAUUGAGGGGCUAAGGGGGUCGCUGGAGCGGCUGCAGCUGGGCUACGUCGAUAUCGUCUUUGCCAACCGCAUGGACGUCAACAGCCCCAUGGAAGAGUAUGACCCCAAUUUCCGCCUACUGCUACUGGAAGAGAUCGUGCGGGCCAUGACUUACGUCAUCAACCAGGGCAUGGCCAUGUACUGGGGCACCUCGCGCUGGAGCGCCAUGGAGAUCAUGGAGGCGUAUUCGGUGGCCCGGCAGUUCAACCUCGUGCCGCCGGUGUGCGAACAGGCGGAGUACCACAUGUUUCAGCGUGACAAGGUGGAGUCACAACUCCCUGAGCUCUACCACAAGAUCGGUGUGGGUGCCGUGACCUGGUCCCCCCUGGCCUGCGGCCUCAUCACUGGCAAAUAUGAGGAACGGGUCCCCGAGAACUGCCGGGCCGCCAUCAAGGGCUACCAGUGGCUGAAGGAGAAGCUGCAGAGCGACGACGGGCGGAAGCAACAGGCCAAGAUCAAGGAGCUGCAGCCCAUCGCCGAGCGUCUGGGCUGCACCGUGGCCCAGCUGGCGAUCGCCUGGUGCCUGCGCUCUGAGGGCGUCAGCUCCGUCUUGCUCGGGGUGUCCAGCACCGAACAGCUGAUCGAGAACCUGGGAGCCAUCCAUGUGCUGGCCCAGCUGACCCCGCCCGUCAUUCAGGAAAUCGACGCCCUCCUUGGCAACAAGCCCAAUACGAAAAAAGAGUCCCGGGCGUAGGGACACAUCGGCGCCCGGGACUGUGCACGCCCUUGUCCCACCGGACUGCGUAUCCCUCCGCUCGGCUCUCUGCACUGCCUGGGCGGAGG